GCAGCAGUAGGCUCAGCCUAUGCGCUAAUAGUUUGUCAGUCAGUUUAAUUAAAAAAUAGACAUCUGGUAAAUUUACAAAACUACAGUUACACAUUAGGUAUUUAAUGUGAGGACCUUAGAAGUAUAGUUGUCUAGCUUUGAAAACCGUCCCUUUCACUUUUUGAUAUUUGUUAUGAGUUAUUUACCUGCUGUGGUUGUGGCUGUAGGUUAGGUUACAGUCAGCUGAUUCUGUGUUCAUGUACUCUGUGUUCAUGUACUAUCACACUGCAUUUUGUCAGUACGUCUUCCUGUGCGUUUAUUUAAUAGUGGCUGGCAAGUUUUACCAUACUUUUCCCAUACCAUAGUUUACUCGGGUUUGCCAUGGUUUAAUAUGCUUUAACACACCUCCUUUACAAUGCUUACCUAGGCUUUACCAUUUUUUCACUGUGCGUUAUUACACUUUUGCUUUGCUUUUUACUACAGGAAACUUUUAUAAAGGUUACUCUUUAGACCUUCUGAAAGCAGUCAGGCGCACCCCCAGAAGUCUUUCACAUGGUACGCACAACCGAACCACACCGACAUCCCAUCUUAUGAAAGCAACGACUCAGCAUCACCAUGUGGCGGGGUUCGGCUGCCAGGCCUUCGCCAUCCUGUUUGACGACAUCGACCACUCCCUUUGCCAGGCGGACAAAGAAGCCUUCUCCUCAUUCGCUCAUGCAGAGGUCUCGGUAGCCAAUGAGAUUUUCCACUACUUGGAGAAACCUGACAUCUUCCUUUUCUGCCCUACAGAAUACUGUGACGCUCUCUGUUAUCCCAGUCUGUCCAAAUCCACCUACCUGAGGACAGUGGGAGAGGAACUGCACCCUGACAUCGGGGUCGUGUGGACAGGUACGAAGGUGAUCUCAAGGGAGCUGUCGGUGGAGUCCCUGGCUGGGGUGGAGGAGGUGCUGCGGAGGCGCCCACUCAUCUGGGAUAACCUCCAUGCCAACGACUACGACUCCAAGCGCGUGUUCCUCGGCCCCUUCAAGGGGCGCCCUGCCCGCCUGGUCCCCUGUCUGCGAGGCCUGCUGCUCAACCCCAACUGUGAGUUCGAGGCCAACUUCAUUGCACUGCACACCCUGGCCAGCUGGUACCGGAGUGGCUCCAGCUGCACUGACACAGCAGAGGAUCAGCAGCAAGAAAAGGAGGAGGCGUGUGAGAGGGAUAAGGGGAAGCAGACAGAGACACAAGCACACAAGGGGUCUCGGCAGUCACUGUACUGCCCAGAGGAGGCGCUGACUCGAGCCAUACAGGAUUGGAUGGAGGAGAUUGCCAAGCCACUGCAGCCAGGAAGACAAAGCUGUCAAGUGGAGAAACAAUCACCAGUGAAUAACACUGAACCAAAGAGGGUCACUGAGGGUGCAGAGCCUGAUAAAACCACCAGGGGGGGCAGUCACAAACUAACCCACGGUGCUCUCAAGAACAGCCCCCCAAGCAGCCUCUCCUCCCCCUCCUCUCCUGCUCAGCAGGGAGAGACAGGGCCAGGGGGCGGCACAGAGCCCGAGGAAGAAGAGUGGGGCAAAGCAGAGCAGCAGAGUUUACUCAAUGGGGGUGAGACAAGCAAUGAGAAAGAGAGGCAGAGCGACGGGGAGGGGGAGAGGUUAUGGAAGGAGAAGGGAUGCAGGGGAGAAGUAGUGCAGGCCUGCGAGCCCCUCACCCCAGCCCAGGUUAGGUUGCUUGUAGGGCUGUAUUACCUGCCCCAUGAACACGGGGCAGAGGGGCAGAGGCUCCUGAAGGACUUCCAGUGGCUGAACAGCAAAAGCGACUGUGUCAGCGUCAAUGUCAAGAAGACCGAGCCCAGGAAGGUGGAGGAGUGGCGGUCCCGUGCGCUCCAGUUCCAGCUGGCCUGUGACAGUAUCUCACAGCUGCACAGCUGCUUCGUCAGCUCCUCUAACCGGGCCGUGCUGUACGACCUGUACCCCUACCUGUGGGACCUGCGCAACACACUGCUGGUGGCCAAGGCCUUCGUCAUGUGGCUGGAUGGGCGGGUGCUGUGUGACCACUACUCCUUCAGUUCUUGGAGGAACUGCUUUCACUGGUGCCGUAGCAAUGCCUCAGUGGACUUGCUGGGGGAGUCAGAGCCGUGGGUCUUCAAGGGAGGCAUUGCUGGAGAAUUCCAGAUGAUGCUGCCGAUGGGAACAAAUAUCGAACUGUUCAACCCCCCGCCCCCCAUAUUCCCGUCCACUAAACUCUACAGCAUUCGCCCCUUCCUCCCAAGGGACAAGGUGGAGCUGUAUCGAAUCUGCAGACGGCUUCACUGUAAAACCAGAGACAGUCCUGAUGCCUCGCAGUGCCACCCUGACCUCGUUGGGGACAGACUGCUGGGCGCAGCCCUGAGUCUGAGCCCUGAGUACUGCUUUGUGCUAGAGGAGGAGGAGGAGCUGUGUGGCUGUGCCCUCGGAGUGCUGGACAUCAAGACUUUCCACAAGAAGUGUGAGGCCACCUGGCUACCGGCCAUGAGGGAGAAAUACCCCAAAGCCACCGCCACCACUGCCCCUGGCCGGACACUCGCACAGGAAGCUGUUCUGUUUUUCCAUUCUGAGAGGCCCAGCUACCCAGACUCGCUGCUCCACCACUUUCCUUCCAUGGUCCAGCUGGACGUACUCCCCCCUGACUUGCUGCUGGACACCAGCGUGACCCGAAGCCUCGCCACCUGCCUGCUCUCGGCUCUCAAAGCGAACGGUUCCAAGGGUGUGUUUUGCGAGGUUCUGCCUACGGACCGGACGCGACUCGAGUUCUUCACCAAGCUCGGCUUCCUGGAGAUCUUCGGCAGUGAUGCACUCACGCGGGAGGACAUCGUGCUGGGCAGGUUGCUCUAACACUCCUCUCUGGGGCAGGACAGGCAGUGCAGGCAGACAGACCUGCUUCAUACUGCACUGUACACAGUCCUAUCAUGGUUACUGUUUGGGUUGUCUGUAACCCUGCUUGUUUGGCAUACGUUGAACUGACUGGUUUCUGAAGAGCCAAUAAUGUAAACUUGCACACUAAAAGACACUGAAAGACACACACAGACACACUAGACAGGCACACACAUGCAGGGCAUGGACACAUAUAGAUACACACAUGCUGGAGACAAACAUUCAUACAUAAGGCAAAAACACAAUCGAGAGACAUACACACAAGACAGAUACAUACACUACCUUCACCCCAUAGACACACAGCACGCAUUACACAAAUGCAUAACAACGUCUGGAUACUCUUCUGGCAAGAACAUUUGGUUAAGGUUUGUUUUGUGGCUUCUUUGGGAGACCGGAUUAUGCUAGCUUCACACACAGAGUCUGCAUGCCAACGAGACUUCUCCCAACAGGGAGAUGUUCCUUUCAGGACAGAAUUAACAGAGCUACUCAACUCAAAACCAAACCUGGAGAACUGGUGUUUUGGGUUUACAGUGUGUACUGUUGUCUCUAACACUGGGAGAAUGUACAGUGGCUUUAUGUUUUAUUUUGACAGAUGAGUCUUUUUGUUUAACGUUCUAAUCGUUUUCUAUAUGCCUCUAGUCUAAUCAGUCUGUGUUUUGAACACUGCUUGAAAUGCAUUCAGAGGCCAAGACGUUCAUGUUUGACAGAAGCAUCAAACCAAAAUUGUAUAUCAUUAAAAAAAAUAAAUAAAAAAA